UGUUUAACUUUGGUACCUCCCAUUUCCGAGGAAAAAAUGCGGAUCUGAAUCUUUGCUGGUCUCGGGGGGGAAAAUGCACCUUAAUAGAACGAAUGAAAAAGAAGGGAAGUGACUAUCGAGGGUGGAGCUGUUUAUUUCCCACCUCUUGCAGGACGGUGGGAGUCGUGUGAAGGGACGAAGGAUGACACCAUUGUAGUAUUUUUUUUUAAUUUUCUGUUUGAUGUGUAUCAUUGGCUGAGGAGUCCUAAGGAUUUAGCGCCUGACUCUGGCCUCGGCGGAAUACGGUUGCAUAGCAGAUUGAGAAGGCAAAGUUUGUUCCAAGAUGGCAAUCUACCACUUUACUGUUUUUAGCAACAUUUCUCAGACAUGAACAAGAACUCAUAUUAAAGCAUAAACUUCGCAGCUUAUGGAUCCUAGAAUGCUGUGCAUAUAUAAUUCUCACAAUUUAUAAUUAGAAAAACAGUGUUUAUGUACAAUGGAUAAAGCCAUCUUGUGGUUCAACAACCUGUUUACCAGAAAGGAGACAGAAGAAAGCAAAUCGAUUAUGCAGAAAAAUUCAUAUGCUGAGAAUAAAGCACCCUCUUAUGCCAGCAUUAAUGGAGCAGAUGCUUCAGAGGUGUCUUGUGUUCCUUGUAAUCAUACCAAUCGAGGUUUUGUCACUUGUCCUACUUGCCAAGGAACUGGAAGAAUCCCCAGAGAGCAGGAGCAACAGUUAGUGGCCCUCAUUCCAUAUGGAGAUCAGCGGCUGAAGCCUAGACGGACGAAGAUGUAUGUAUUUCUCACAGUAGCCAUUUGCCUGCUGACAACUUGUCUCAUGAUGUACUUCCUGUUCCCACGUUCAAUUGCGGUGCUCCCCUCAGGUCUCAAUGCAUCCACCAUCUCCUUUGACAAUUCUUCUUCCAGCAUCAUCCUGAAUAUGACUAACAUAUUAAAUGUGACAAACAACAAUUUUUAUCCUGUGUAUGUGGCUCAGCUUGACAUUGAAGUCUUGCAUAAAACAGUGGUGAUUGGGAAAAAAACUGUGAUGACUCAGUUGGAUAUCAAGCUUUUGCAGAGUGCCCAGAUCCUUUACAGCAUCUCUAGUACAAUCAUGGAUACCAACACUUACAAAAUUUGCACGUGGGCCAAAAUAAAGGUUCACAAUGUUCUUCUGCAUAUACAAGGCACACUGACUUGUUCCUAUCUCUCUCAUUCGGAGCAACUUUCCUUUGAAAAGUAUCAGUAUGUGGAUUGCAGAGAUGGUGUCCUACUGUCUUGAUUCUAAAAUCUCUCAUGGCUACAGUAGAGUCCUGGGGGAAUUCCUUUUGGCUGUUUCUUCAGUCCCCUUCAGUGAAAUUGCAGUAGCAUGUGUUUCAUGCCUCUGGGGAUUUAUAGUGUGGGAAGAAACUGAAGUUUUGAUUUCUUUUUUGCCAGUUCUACAAAACAGGAAGAUGGCUAUGGCAUCACAUUCCUUUUAAGAUAGCAUAUAAUGAUACUAAUGGACUAAAAGAACAGCAGAAUGGCACCUGAGUGCAGAAAACGGGAUGCAAGAAGAACAUGCUAACUUGAAACAGUUAUGCUUCAUAUUAGAAUUUGAAUAGAUUUAGGCUGCAUGGAUCACCAAGUGGCUGCUGAAUUUGCCGAUACUGUUUAUUUCUUUUGGAGAUUACUGCCUGGAACUGGGAUCUGUAAAAACAAUGAAACAUGCCACUAUAGACUUUAUUGGAGGGCUGGGGGUAGAUCUGAUGUGUUCUCCUUUUCCCAGAACCAUCUUCUCCCAAACCGAUAUAGGAGGAGGAAAACUUGGACUUUUUGAAGGAGGCAUUACCACUGAAUUAAGGUUGUACUUCUUCUCCCACUAGAUUUUCCCCUGUUCAUUAGUUCAGCUCUUUUCUAAGUUGUAGGGAGAAAAAAAGGUUUAUGAAGCCAAAAUAAUUGCUCUGUUUCAAAUGCUGCUUUUCUAAAUCUAUUUCUACUAUAGCUUUAUUUUCUUGUUUUAUUUUCCUAAACUUUAUUAACUUUUUAAAAACAGAAUACAAAAAAGCAAAGAAAACAUUAAAAGGUUUACUCACUGUUGGAGCUAAGAAAUGAAUAAAAUCCUGAAUAUA